UAUUCCAUGGAGAGGUUAAGCAACCUUCUUUGUUUGAUAAUCCUGUAUGCAACUGCUCUCAAUCUAGCUGGAUGCUAUGCAGUGGAGCAGUCAUCGAAGAAACUAUUGUUUGUGUUCGGAGACUCACUCUUCGAUCCUGGCAACAAUCAGUACCUCAAUAAUUCAGUGCAAAGCCCAGGAACAUAUUGGCCUUAUGGUAUGAGUAUGAAAAACAAAUCCACUGGCAGAAUAUCCGAUGGCCUUCUGGUUCCUGAUUUUAUUGCCAUAUUUGCAAACCUUUCAGUGGAUCCACCAUACAUGCAACUAGGAGCUGAUUUAACCAAUGGCGUUAACUUUGCUUCUGCUGGAGCUGGUGUUCUAGGAGAGAAUAAUGGAGGAGUGAUGAAUUUUAACACACAGUUGGCUAAUUUCAAGAAGGUGGUUACUUUAUUAGUAUGAAAAAAACGUGAAGCAGAAGCCAAGAAGAUUUUAAGGAGCUCUGUGUAUUUAUUCAGCAUGGGAGGCAACGAUUACUUUAGGUAUAACAUGCAAUACUCGAAUUCCCUUACAUCUGAAAGAGUAGCAUGUAUGAGGACGGUGGUAGGCAACUUAACAAAUGGGUUCCAGGUAAUUAGUUAGAACUAAUGAAAUAAUAAUUUCUCUUCAGAAAUUAUAUUGAAUUUUCAUUUUUUCAAAAGAUUAUUUAAAACUGAUGUU